CGAACGCAUCGGUGGGUCGCGACUAGUGCUUCUUAAAAUAGUGCGGAAUUUUGUUCAUAUUUUCUAAACAUUAACCAAAAGUGCUCGUGAUUUGUUUUACUAGCUAGUGAACCUACUAUUUUUUACAAGUGCUAGACGACAAAAUCUAGAAAAAAAUACAAUCGAAACUACGUGCAAUUUCAUUUUUCUGUGUGUUGUGUUCUUGUUUGUUAUUGUUGUUCUGAUCAAAUCGAGAGGAGAAAGUGCAGCUAUUUUGGUGCAAUUACUUGGAUUGUAGAUUCUAAUAUAAUAGAUUCUGUUUUCGGGUGGUCCAAAUUCCGCUGGUUGCUGAGGCGGAUUAUGAUCGCGAUUGCUUGCUUGCUACUACGACGCCUACUACCAACCAGAUGAUUACUCAUCUUGGUGAUACGUAAAGAAUUUGGGGUUUUUUUUUGUGGGCAGUGCUAGUUGUGCCCUAGAAAAUUUGUUCGCACAGCUGUGCGUGGAAAAUUUAUGGAGUGGAAAUAGUUCGCUGUCGUGCAGAUUGUCGGUAAUAGCAUCGACCCAAAAUAUAACAUGCUAGCAGCGAAGGAAGAAUGACAUGAAAUAUUAAGCCUCCCCCUUCGAGGCCAGAGAGUGGUUGUGCAAAAUUGAAGUGAAGAAAAAAUAUCGCGUUUGUGUAUGCCUCCUGCACAUAGUGUAUAGGAAAGGGAGAAAAUAAGAGUGAAGAAGAGUCCGUGUAGGAAAAAAAAAAUAAUGCUAAUUGCUGUUACUAGUGCUGGAGCAAAAGUGUACGUAUGUGCGCCGCUGGCGACGAAGCAAGCGACGGUGCAAUCAUAAUCAAUAGUCGAGUGAGAUAGUUAUCAUCUCGAAGGAGGAGUAGGUGAAUCUCCAAAGAUGGCAUGGAAAAGUAGGCGAUGGUUGCUGCUGGUUGCUGUUAUUGGAUGAUGUUCAUGGCCGGCCUAGAUAUUUGCUGCUACAUUUUGCAAUUGCUUCAACUCGUAUGACUGUCGCUGACCUAUCUAGGUGCUACCUAAGAACCUCCCAUCGGACGGUCCUACUACGUAUUUAGUGAUUUUGUAAUACAGCCUCUGCUGGGCGGCUAUCGAAAUUGCAAUCUCUGUGAGUGCAAGCGAGACUCGCUAGGUUGGAAAAGAGAGUGAGCGGCACACGCACCGGUCACGGUCAUCGAGAUGGCGUCACUCAAGGUAGCGGUCCGAGUGCGACCCUUCAAUCAGAGGGAAAAUGAACUCGGCUCCAAGCUCAUCGUCCAGAUGGACGGCAAGAAGACGCGACUGGUCAAACCGAAGCUCACCGGUCCGGCGGCGAUCCGCGGCGAACUGCUGGCGGCCCGUGGCGGUCCGGAACCGUUCAACGACUUCACCUUCGAUCACUCGUACUGGUCGGUGGACGAGGGCGACCCGCACUACACCCCCCAGGACAGCGUCUUCGAGGACCUCGGCACGGAGAUUGUGGACUGCGCAUUUCAAGGUUACAAUGCGUGCGUUUUCGCGUACGGCCAAACCGGAAGUGGUAAAACGUUCACCAUGAUGGGCACGGCGGAAGCUCAAGGUCUCAUCCCACGGAUCUGCCGCUCACUAUUCGGGCGGAUGAAACUGGGUCAGGACGAAGGUGUCGGCUACAAGACCCAGUGUUCGUACUUGGAAAUUUACAACGAACGGGUCAAGGAUCUGCUGGGACCGAGUGGCGCCGGACACGGGCUGCGCGUUCGGGAGCAUCGGACUCUGGGACCGUACGUGGAAAACCUGUCGCAGCAUCCGGUGUCGGAUUACGGCGAGAUUCAAAACUGCAUGGUUCAGGGCAACAUCCUGCGGACGACGGCCAGCACCAAUAUGAACGAUACGAGCAGUCGGAGUCAUGCGAUCUUCACGAUCACGUUCGUUCAGGCAAGGUAUCUGAACGACAUGCCCAGCGAGACGGUGUCGAAGAUUCACCUGGUGGAUUUGGCCGGAAGUGAGAGGGCGAACGCGACCGGCGCAACCGGGCAGCGAUUAAAGGAGGGAGCACAUAUCAACAAAUCCUUGGUUACACUAGGCAGUGUCAUCUCAGCCCUGGCCGAGCAGACCAAUCCCACACACAACAAGCGAAUCCUGUACAUUCCCUAUCGCGAUUCGAUCCUAACGUGGCUACUAAAGGACAGUCUGGGUGGAAACAGUAAAACCAUCAUGAUAGCGGCCAUUUCUCCGGCGGAUGUGAACUACAGUGAAACGCUGAGCACUCUGAGGUAUGCCAAUCGGGCGAAGAAUAUCAUCAACAAGCCAACGGUCAACGAGGAUCCGAACGUGAAGCUGAUCCGAGAGCUGCGGGAGGAGAUCUUCAAGCUCAAGAUGAUGCUGUCGACGGAUGGGUCUUCGCUGGAACCAUCGCUGAAGGUGUUGGAAGAUUUGCACAAGAAGGAAGCACAGGAGAAGGUUCUGACCGAGGAAUGGGCCGAGAAGUGGCGAGAGGCGCAGUCGAUUCUGAGGGAACAAAAGUCCCUUGGGUUGAGAAAGUCCGGUGUGGGGGUUGUGUUGGAUUCGGAAAUGCCACAUCUCAUUGGAAUCCACGACGACAUCAGUACCGGGGUGACGCUGUACAGUUUGAAGGAAGGUGAAACCACCAUCGGUACGGCGGAAGCUUCCUACCCACAGGACAUUGCCCUCAACGGGAUGGGCAUCCAUCCGGAGCAUUGCCGGAUCGUACUGGACAAUGGAAACGCAACAAUCUACCCGAACCCGUCAGCCACCUGCCUGCUGAAUGCCAACAUCAUCGAAAACCCCACGGCCAUCAGCCAGGGGGACAUUUUGCUGCUCGGUCGUACGAACAUGUUCCGCUACAACAACCCUGCCGAGGCGGCCAAGAUGCGCCAGGACAACAACCACGCGCAACGGUCCUCUCGGCUCGACCUGUCCCGUCUGUCGCUGAUCGCAGCCUCGCGGGAAAACCUCUGCAGCAGCUUCCUGAGCGAUGAUGACAAUAUUGCCUCCCCGCAGAAUCCCCUCCGCUUCCGGCAGUACACCCCCAGCCGGGAGGAUACGGAACUGCAGGACGAACACCGGAAGAUUCUGCAGACGAUCGAGAACGCCCUGAAGCAGCUGAACCUGGAGCGGACGCGAAUGCACGAGCAGUUCAAGAACAAGAUCAAACUCUGCCGGGAUGAGCUGGACCGGCUGGAGAGUACCAAGCGGGACAAGCUGAUGAUCCUGGACUGCCGGAUAGACGAGCUGAUGGCCCGGCGGGAGAUGAUACUGUGGGAGAAGAGCAACGAGAAGACGCAGGUGGACAUUGUAGUUAGACAGCUAUCGACCCUGCAAACGCAGCUCGACACGAAGAAGCGCGAUUUCUACGAGUACGUUGCGAAAGAACUGCAGGAGCUGCAGGACUGCGGCAAGUUGGACGAGGCCAGCAUAGAGCUGAUCCAGAAGGCUCCCCAGACGGAGGACUAUUCGGAGAUAUUGCUCAUCAUUUCCAAAUCGUUGGACAACUAUUCCGCACAAUACAUCCGGGAGUACAUCCGGAGGAAUCGAGAGGAGCUGGUCAAAUACGAACGCGAGCUCGGCGAGAAGGAAUCCCUGCUGGAGCAGAGCACCCGCAAGAUCGCCGACCUAGACCAAAAGAUAGACGAUCUGGAACGGCAGAAUCAGGAACUGCUGCAGCAGCGAACGCAGCUAGAGAUGGAGGAUAUGCAGAAGAAGAAACAAUCCAUGACCCUGAACCUGACCCGAACGACCGAUUCGAACGCUCAAACGGACCCGAACGCGAGCGGAAACCCGGAGGAACUUGCUCUCCGGGUGGCGAACGGCGAUGCAGCAGCGUCCCGCACCCUGGAAACCUGCGACACCUUCCACACGGCCAAUUCGGACUGUUCGUUCGUAUCGGCCCUGAAUACCCCGGUGCUGGAGGCCCUCAAUCAGCAGCUGAUCCCGACGCCCAGUUCGACCGAGGGAACGGAAUCCGGUGCCGAUCACGAAUCCGACUACUACGAGGAAGCCGGCCAUGUGCAAGGCAUGAGCGACAGUGGCGUUAGCUUCGAGACGAACAAGAUCGGGGACGGCAAGCUGAACGGAGGCAAGCUCCUGUUCCAAUCGGAUGACCAUUGCUUACUACUGACUUCGUCGACUCCGAAUCCGAAGUAUGCCAACAAGACGCUGAUCGUCAACGGCACCGCUAUAGAAAUAAGUCGCGGUGGGGAAUUGGCGCAUGGUUCAACCAGCGAUGAGUCGGAUGAGAAUUCGGAUCAUGGCGGCAAGGGAGGAAGCAGCAACCGGAGCAAUCGAUUGGCAGUCGGUAAUAAGAGCAGUGUGCGGACGGAGAUUUUCGAUAUCCGACACGGGAUUCAUCCGCUCCGGCUGAAUAGUCGGAGUGGCGGAGAGGAUGAAGGUGACGACGAAGAAGACGAGAGGCACUCGCACGCGUCUUCGAUGGACAACAGCUCGAUAACCUCGUCGACGGCGAAUUUGAUUCUCUGCGAGAUGAACCUGCUGCGGGAGAGCAUAGCGACGAAGAAGGCAGAAAUCAUGAAAAUCCUGGAGACCAAUGAGGACAAGUCGAACCUGGAUGGCAAGAUCAGUGAACUGCAGGACCUGCAGAAGAGGAUCGUGCAGCUGGAGAUUAAGGUUCAGGAUGUGGAGAAGAGUUGCCUGUCGGACGAGGGCGGAAUCGAUUCGAUCCGGGAUCUGCCGGGCAGUUUCACCGACAGUGACGACAGUCGGAUAAACUCGUGCAUCUAUCCGGAGUACUUGCGGCACCGGAACCAGACCAGUAUUUAUGCGCCGAGCGUGACGCGCUCGCUGCCGUCGUUCGAGAGUGCGUCGAUCGAGCGGAUGCGUUCGGAGCAUCUGAUCAAUAUUCCUACGUACAUCAUCCGAGGAGCCGGCAAGCAGACCCACUACGAAUACGAAGUCAAGCUCAACCUGCCCGACGAUAGGUGGACGCUGCUUAGGCGGUACAGUCGGUUCCGGGAGCUGCACCUCAGGAUGAAGAAGAUUUAUGGCGAUAAGGUCGCCACCAUCCCGUUCCCGCGGCGCGAGCUCUUCUCAUCCAACACGGAAUCGGUGGCGAAAACCCGCCGCCGGCAGUUGGAAAUCUACCUCCGCCGGUUGUUGGUCGUCUGUUCGAAGAUUCCGCACAGUCCGAUCUACGAGGGCGAAGGACGCCCCGGUCUGACCAAGGCCACCCUCAUCGAGCUGCAUUCGGGCUUCUUCAAGAAGGGCCUGUUCGAGACGGGCAAACACGGAACCGGCUAGAGAGGAGGUAAGAGUUGUCGUUGGGCGUUUGGGCUUUCCUUUUUUUUCUCUCGUCGUAGGGUUUUGUUUUUGGUUUUGAGGAAAGGGUGUGUUUUUUUUAGAAAAGGUAAGCGCCAACCAAGAAAUGUAAGGCUGAUUUUUUAAACAUGAGGAACAGUGUAAUUAGUAGCUAGUAGUUCUCGGAAGAUUCGUUUCCCGUUAUCAGAUUUUAUUUAUUGUAUAAAGAAAACAAAAAAAUGUUUGCUAGGAUUAAGCAAUAGGAGGAAGGAUGGCAAGCAGCAGCAGCAGCAGGAAUAUCGACGACAAUAAACCCCGCGUUUUGAUGAAGAGAAGAUCCCUGAGUAGCAGGAAUACACCAUAAAGCAACUCAAUUGACAACAACAGCAACUCAAUUGAAAACAACAGCAACAAUCUCUUGUUCGAUUUCAACUGCAUUUUGGUUGACAGAGAUUGACCCCCCCCCCCCCCCCAACCGCAUUCUUUCAGUGGAUUUGUGAAUCAAAUUCACAUGUCUAAAACAUCGUCACGGUUAAAAACGGGCUUGAUCCAGUUUUGGUCGGAACUCAAAACCGCGAAUUCAAAGCCUAGUGAUCAAUUAACUCAAAGCUAACAAAGCAUCAUUUAGAGACAAAUUAUAUUUACGACGGAUAAGUCAAUUUUUCAUAUAUUCGUUCGUGUACUGAGUAGUCGUUAGUUAUCAUCCCCCCCCCUCCCACACACAAUUGCCUUGACUCUCACACACACACCCAUAUGGAUGUUUUUUGCGUGACCAUUGUGAUCAUUUAGACACCUAACACACAUAUUUAGGAAACAGCUGUGAUUUUCCAUUGCCCCCAUUGUCCCUCAUAUCACUAAAUUUUCUGUUUCGGAACGAUUGUCGACGUGUCGAGAGAAGGACCCGAGGGUAAUCCAUGAAUUUGCGCAUACAAAGACCUGAGAGACAUAUAGAAAUUAGGUAAAUAUACGAGUUUAAUCAAAACUAGUUACUGUUUAGAGCUAAACUGCAGAAGAUAAAUCGAAUCCGCGUUAUAUAGUUACUAAAGUGAACAACAAGACCCCCAAAAACACAAUGAUGUAUUCUAGUUGGUAGGUGAAGAAUGUAAAACAGAGCUUGUUCCAGACACAGGCAAACCCGUUAGUUAGUGUAUUUGUAAGUGUUGACAACCGUUAUUCUUCGAAAAAGGUAGCGACAAAUAUAAUAGUAACGAAAAAUGACAGGUACUAAACAAUGUAACAACCAAUGGUCGUCUAACAAUUAAACAAAAGAAAA